AACAUUCACUAAGCAACAUUGUUUAGGCAAUAGAAUUUCUGGAGCAAGGCAGUUAAGAGAAACAGAGACUGCAAAACUGACAGGAGAAACACCAAAACUGACAGGAGAAACACCAUGCUGUCUGCUGGCAAACUCUGUGUCUCAAGGUAUAGAAAGAUUAUUGGAAGCAUUUCAGCUGCAGCUGAGAUACACCAUGUUCUAGUUACUGAUUUAAAGCCAUCCCAAUGUGUGAGGACUUUGGCCAUAUCUACAGGCCAUUCUGGAAAGGAGGUCAUUAAAUGCAAAGCAGCAAUUGCUUGGGAGCCUAAGAAACCCCUGGUCAUGGAGCAAAUUGAAGUAGCUCCCCCAAAAGCUCAUGAAGUUCGCAUUAAGAUUUUGGCCUCGGGAAUCUGUCGCUCUGAUGAUCAUGUGAUCACUGGUGCAUUUGUUAUGCCUUUCCCAAUUGUUUUGGGCCAUGAAGCGGCAGGAAUUGUGGAGAGUGUUGGUGAGGGAGUGACUUGUGUGAAACCAGGAGACACGGUUAUCCCACUGAUUGUUCCACAAUGUGGAAAAUGUAGUUCUUGCCUAAGUACCAGAGGCAAUCUUUGUUCUGAAAAUGAUAUUAUUUCAGCCCGUGGAUUAAUGCCUGAUGGCACCAGCAGGUUUACUUGCAAAGGGAAGAACCUGCACCAUUUCCUUAGCACCAGCACCUUCACAGAAUACACAGUGGUGCACGAGACUUCAGUGGUCAAAAUCGAUGCUGCUGCCCCACUGGAAAAGGUGUGCCUGAUCGGCUGUGGGUUUUCCACCGGUUAUGGAGCCGCUGUUCAGACAGCCCAGGUGGAACGUGGUUCUACUUGUGCUGUCUUUGGCUUGGGAGGAGUUGGCCUGUCAGUGAUCAUGGGCUGUAAGGCUGCAGGGGCUUCCAAAAUCUUUGCUAUCGACAUCAACAAAGAUAAAUUUGCCAAAGCUAAAGAGCUGGGAGCCACAGAUUGUAUUGACCCUCUGGAUUUCAAGAAGCCCAUCAAUGAAGUACUGUUUGAGCUGACUGGCGGUGAAGGUGUGGACUAUUCAUUUGAAGUGGUUGGACGCACGGAUACCAUGAUUGCUGCCUUGGCUUCCUGCCACAUGAACUUUGGAACCAGUGUGAUUGUGGGGUUACCUCCACCAGGAUCUCAUAUCUCCUAUGACCCGUUUCUCCUUUUCACUGGCCGCACAUGGAAAGGAUCUGUGUUUGGAGGCUGGAAGAGUAAAGAUGCUGUCCCUAAACUGGUUUCUGAUUUCAUGGGGAAGAAAUUUGUUCUGGAUCCAUUAAUAUCUCAUACUUUACCUUUUGAUAAAAUCAAUGAAGGAUUUGAACUGCUCCGGUCAGGCAAGAGCAUCCGCACUGUGCUGACGUUUUAAGAUCGUGAAGUAAAAGGAAGAGAACUGGAACAACACUCAGUAGCUGAAGAUUCUUCUACACAAUACCAUGUAGGAUAGGUUUUUGUUUACUCCUGUUCUAUCCUUUUUUUUUCCUCAACAAGAAACAUUUAUUUUGAAAAAGGCCUGAUGCUACUGUACAGAGAAAGCAAAAUUGCAAUGGUGACCCAGUUGGCAGCUUUACAGCACACCAUUCGUGGGAACUCAAUAGGCAAUUGCCUUCUUUGAUGAGUUUCUCUCUAUAAUCCCUGUCCUUUUUGAAGAUGUACCACCAGAAAGUAAUGGGGCCUAUUCCAAACAAAGCACCCAAUAAGGAAGUUUUAGGGUUGACUCGGAAAUUAGGGUAGACGUUUGCUUUGGCAUAGGUCCACUGAGUAAUGGCAGGGUCUUCAAUGUGAUGUGUCCGGCAGGGGUCGUUGAGCUGCAGCAGGUACUGGCACUUGAGGUGGGCGCGGAUGGCCAGGUGCUUGGCCUCACUCUGGUGCUUCUUGGGCGAGGCGUCGUAGUUGGCCGGGUCCAGCUGUGGCGGCAGUGGAGCCAAAGGUACCAGCUGGUAGCUGAAGCCCGACCCGGACAAAGAGGGCACCGCCAUGUUGUUCAGAGAGUCCCCGACCCUGUCACGUGAUUUCCUGUUCUAUCCUCAUGUUUGUUGGAUUGAAUGAGAAUCUCUGUAGACAAUCAUAUUUGAAAGGAAGUUUCAGAUUGAAAAUAUAUGCAUAACACAAAGGACUGCUGUCCAGAAGAUGGUAGAAAGCCAUUUCCAGCUAUAGAAAUGUCUUGCUUUGCCACUUUAAAAAUAUUUCUUCAAUUAUCUCUUUUUCAUAAAUAAACGAAAGCAAGAGAAAUCACAGUUCUGAAAUAUUAAACCUUCAUAUAAGACUGAUCUAUAUGUAUUUAUAUACCUUACCAUUAAGAACUUUCUCUUGGAGAAAGUCUAGACACAAAGAACAUCUGUGAAUCAUGCAAGAUAUGGGGAAGACCAGGGUCAUCGUGAAUUCUCCGUUGAAAUCUAGUGGGAAUAAAAUGUGCAGGAGCAUGAAGAUGCA